AUGACGCAGGCUACCUUUCUUUGCCACCCUGCUGGAUCACAGGACGUCGGGGGAGGUUCCACCUGUUCUUCUUUCGACAUGAAGCUCAACCCUAAUGUGGCGUCUUCUCGGCGUAAGAGCCGCAAGGCGCACUUCGGAGCUCACUCCGAGGCCCGCAGGGUGCUCAUGUCCGCUGGCCUCAGCAAGGACCUCUUCGAGAAGUACAACGUCCGAUCCCUGCCCGUGCGGGCGGGUGACGAAGUGAUGGUGGUCCGAGGGGCGUACAAGAACCGCGAGGGGAAGGUGGAGACCUGCUACCGCCGCAAGUUCGUGAUCCACAUCGAGCGCAUCACGAGGGAGAAGGCCAACGGCAACACGGUGCACGUGGGCAUCCACCCUUCCAAGGUCCAGAUCACCAAGAUCAAGAUGGACAAGGACCGCGUUGCGCUGCUGGCCCGCAAGGACCGCUCCCGCAACGGCGGCAAGCCUGCUGCCGGUGCCGCGGACGCCGACGUCAACAUGGCGGGCGUGGACUAGAUAAACCCCGAACCCCGGGUGCAAGAACAAAGAAAGCCUGACGUGUAGAAAACCCCAGCGGAGCAGGAGUGGAUGGGGCCCCGUGCAUCCGCCGCUAGGGCACUGUAUGCCUGCCCCCCUUCGCGGGGGAAUGAUUCUUCAGUGUCUUGAAUGGAUGAUGGCGUUGGUUAAGGGAGGGGGCUUUGGUUGCCGUCUUCUUUUUCUUGCCUGGAGUUUCUUGGGUAUUCUUGUUGUUGCCCCCCUCGUCGACCUCGAGACGUGAUCCAAUCUCUGCAGGAAAUAAAAAAAGAAAAAAACAAGAACGCCACAGGCAGACAUGCGGGGACAUUCGCCACGCUUCACGUGUUGUCUGCGAAAAUUGCACCGCAAGGGUUUUUGACCAAUCAGCAAACUGCGUGCCACUUUUC